AAAAAUUCUGCUGCAGAACAUUACUGCGAUUUGAGUAAGCCAGUUGAGUGACCUUGAUCGACAACCGCGUCUCACGUUCGCGAUCGUUAUUCAGUUUUCGUCGGUUUCGAGUGGCAGUUGUUUUCGGUUUUUUUCUCUUUUUUAUUGUUUUCUUGUUGUUGUUGUUCGUUUGUUCGAUUCGAAGUUUGAAACAAAUUUGACAGAAACAAGUUUACCAAAUAAACGAAGAAAAAAAAAAAAAAGAAAAUGAAGAGUGCGACACGGUUCCUCACCUUCGCUUUGGCACUCGUUGCCGUUGCUCAGGCCUAUCCAGGGACGCGUUCUUCGAAACCCGAGAGUUCGGCUGAAGAACCUGAACAGCUUUUCAUCAUCGGCGGAGGAUCCGAUCUCGAGGAUGGAUUUGACAAGGGAUUCUUCGCUUCGAUUCAAGACCCUUUUGACGGCUUUCUGACGAGCGUGCAAAGCAUGAUGAGCAGACUCAGGAAACAAAUGUUCGACGCUCUGCCGAACUAUCACGGCGCGGGAUUCUUCGGAUUCGGCGAUAUUCCCGAAGGAGCUAAUUCCACCUCCACAACGAAGGUAAUCGACGGUCACCUCGUAACGAUAAACGAAACGACGUACGCCACCGGUGACGACAACUCGGGAUCGGUAUUUCGCAUCCGAAUCGUCGAUAUAAAACCAGACGACGAGGAGACGAUCGGUAAUCCGGACGCGGAAGGUAUCGCAACGGCGAAUCCCGACGAUGAACUUCAGCCGACCCAGACCACCCGAGCAUCGGUUGACCGCGACGUCGAAUCCGUCGAAGAUUUCAACGAGAACGAGAUACCGAAACGACUCGUUCAGGUGACGGCAGCCUGAACGUCUAAUAAUUUAUGAUCGAAUGAAAGGCACUGUUUUACGUAUUUAUAUACUUAUGUGUGUAACGUUAAGUUCGUAAUGAUGAUAAAUGUAAUAUUGACGGCAUAUAGUCUCUGUAAUUAUUACAAUGCGUAUAUAAAUACAUCGGAUUCGUUAUGGCGAAACCGUAAUACACCUGUUAUACAUAAAAGUUAUAUACAAUAUAAUAUAUUUCGUCUUACGAUCGGUAGAUCAAAUAUACUAUAUACAUAUAAUUAUAAAUAUAAUAUAUGCAACCUGUGGAA